AUGGGCCCAGCCGCUGCGACGACGCGUCUCGCUGCAGGGCUUGCCGAGAACGGUCCUUUGCAAGAUGUGUUCCACGAGGCCGUUUCUCGUGCUCUGGGCGCCGACUUGGCUUCGACCACUGGAACCGCCGACUCGACUUUGGCAGAGCUGGCCGUCUUCCGUUCGCAGCUGGACACUCGAUUCCAAGCUCUGCAGACGCGUGUCGGGGAGCUUGAGCAGAUCGAUGUGCAGUUGGACGCCGCUUUCCCCUGGGGGAAGACAGAGCGCGAGACGGAUCCGGCUGAGUGGGCUGCGGGGUGGCGCCGCAUUGGGGUCGACUCCGACUGGCUCAGUAACGCAGCCGAGAACAUGCAGGACCCGUCCGUCGCCAAUUCGACGGCGGCGAUAAUGGCUAACCCCAACCGCCCGGGCGCUGAGAGGCAGAAGCAAGCAGUUGCUCUCAAAAGCGCUCCCAAAAAGGGUUGGAAGAACCUCUGCUUGGCUCCGUUUGGGGGCAGCCCAGAGCUUCUGCAUAACUUCCUGUCCACGAAGGCGACUGGCGGAGACAAGACGAUCAAAGCACAGCGUCUGGAAAUGAUGCCUGCCAUCUUCGCUGGCAUCAAGUCCAUGAAGAGAAGGGCAAAGAAGGCAUCAGCUCGCAAGCCGCUGGAGAUUGCCUUCAUGCAGAGGGACUUCUACCUCGACUGGCAGCUCAGCCUGACGCACCUCGCGGCCACCCCGUUCGCGUUCACAACUGGGCCGGACCAGGCGACCCAGUUCCCGGCCAAGCGUCUCUGGACAGAUUCUGGCGACCCGGCGCCUUCGAGGCUCCCCUCGGGUUUUCCUGGCGGCGGGGCACCAACUCAGGGCGCCAACAGCCUGCCGCCGGCGCCCCCGGCUCCCGUUCAAGUUCCGGUGCCGCAGCAGACCCGCCUGGCCGGCGGCUCAGCCAGAGGAGGCGACAAGAAGGCCACCGCCGGUGCAAUCCUGAACGACCUGAACAACAUGGUCGGUCGCCAGCAGCCGGCGGCCAUCGAGGCCUACGUGGGCCAGAAGUUCCGGAGCACGCCGGCAGAGGUGGCUGGCAUUCGUAGCGUCCUGAGCAAUUAUUGCCACCACUGCAUCCUGAACAGCCGCCGGGUGGUCAAGCACUCGCGCGGGCAGUGCCGCGCGGAGGGAGGCAAGCCGAGCUCGCCGUGCGCGCGGUGCGGCUCGCGCGGGAUCAUGGCCUACUGCUGGCCUGAGGAUUGCCCCGGCGCGCGCUGUGCGUCGCAAUGA